GGACAUCCUCCCUGGGCCAGCAGAGGAAGUCAGGUUAACAAAUUUGAUAUGUAUGUACUUUAUUGAUCCCCUUGGGGUAAAUUUUCCAUACUCCUCACCCAGCUUGAACAUAAGAAAUUGACAAACAAGAGGAGGUCAUUCAGCCCAUUAAGCUCAUUUGGGGGGAACUCAGUUAAUAGCUCAAAGUUGUUAAAAUCUUAUCUAGCUUUGAUUUAAUGGAACCAAAGGUUUUAACUUGCACUACAUUAACAGGAAGACUAUUCCAUACUCUAGAUACACAUAGUUAUUUAGUUGAACAGCAUCCAUUCCUUUUAGAAUCUUAUAUACCUGGAUCAUGCCCCCCCCCAGGUCUCCUUUGCUCUACACAGAACAGAUUCAGCUCAGCUGUCCUCUCCUCAUAAGACAUUCCUCUCAGAUCAGGAAUCAUUAUUGUAGCCCAAUGUUGAAGGUGAGAGCAAGCUGGCCACAAAGGGCUGUCCUCUGACUGUUCACAUGAAGGGUGCUUGUGUAGAUUCAAUACAAAGCAUGAUUUGAAGAGUUGGUUUUUAACUGACUAUUGAAAGUCAGGCUGGCCUUUAAUGUUUUAAGGAAUUCACUUAUUAAUUUCACUGAGAACUAAAUGAGAAUUAGGUUGAGGAGGUAAUAUUAUAGCUUUUUAUGCAUUCUUUAUGCACUUCAGGAGAAGUGCUGCUGUUUACAGGUGAUAAGGUUAUGUGAGUGAUGGGAGGUGCUGCCUCUUUGCUGCAGUGCUCUGCGAAUCGCCUUUAUUAUGACUGCAUGACCCAGUCCUUGCUGUGUUCAGUUUAUUGCCUAGCAACGAGUCCAUCAGCAGAAUGAGCUGAAAAAUCCCCCCAUAUGCAUUAACCACAAGGAUGAUUCUACCAUGUGAUGUGUCUAAAUGAAGUAAAUGACUGUCCCCAAUCUUUUCAUUCUCAGCAUGCAAUACCAGGCCAGUUGAUGAUGCCGAUUAAUACUGCUAGGGCAGUUUGUAACUGCAAACGAUAGCAUUCCUCAGAAAACAGCAGAAGGUCCACUUCUAGGAAAUCUCCUUACCCUUGUUUGAGUACGACACAGAGUAUUUACAAUUAGCAGUAGGUAACCUCUUGUUUGUUUAGAUUCAGAUGUAGAAAGUGACAGUUGUUUUUGGUAUAAGUAGGUCCAUAUGACUGCAUAUGUUAAUCAAAGUGUUAGUGACACAUGCAUUACUAAAGUAUGAGAACUGACCUCUGCCAUCAUGGACAAAUAUUGCCUUAAUGGCAUUCUGUAUGUCUCCUGCCACCAUUUUUUGAUGUUAUAUUCUUAAUCUGCAAUAUGCCCUCCAGAGCAUAUAGAGAAAAAUGCAAUUAGAAGCACUUAAAUGUUAUGUACAUGCUUGAAUGAAUUUAUUGGGACGUCAUUUAAUCAAAGAUAUUAAGCUGAUAGUAGGUACUAGCAUUAUAAUGAGAUGCAAUCUUGCACGUUUAAGAUAUAAAAUGCUCAGAGCACUUGUUUUUCUGAAAAGCAAUAUGUUGUAGUGUGGAGAGUCCCAAAAAUAACAGACAUACAUGCUAUCAAUAUUCAAAUCUAGACUAAAAACACACUUGUUAAGUCUAGCUUUACAGGGACUCUAUUUCUAACUCUAGCUAACUUCUUAGCCCCAGUUAAGCCUACAGUGUGAGGUGCAGUGCUGGGUGAGGAUCAGUGCCAUUGGCUUUCGAUGAACCGGACUGUCAGUGCUGUCACUCUAGCUUCACACUCCCUUAUAGAAUUGGAGUGCUGACGUUUCAGGGACUCCCCAUGCCUGCGUUCCCACUUGCCUCUCCCUCAUACCAGACAACAAAGUAACAGUGUAUGUAUUCUGGAUUCAAAUCAUGCCUAAUGCCUCAUCAAGCAAGCUUAAAAGAUGAAACUUUUUCUCACCCCAUCACCCUCCCCAACACACACACACACACACACUUUUCUAAAAUCUCUCCUGCACACCUGCCUGUGAGAUAAGACCGGAUGGGCUAGCCUACGCUCCCCAUACGCAUCAGUGAACCAUGGGCACCCAGGACCCCAUCUACAAUUCACAGAUUGGCCUUCCUUUUACCUCUUUUGAUAGGUAUUGACCACUGCAUACCAGGAACCCCCCAGAAGACCUGCCAUUGGGGAGAUACUCUGUUCUAGUUAUGAAGCCAUCACAAUUUGGCCCUUAUAGAAGUUGCUCGGAUCCUUACACUUGCCCGUUUUUUCUCCAACACAUCAACUUCAAGAGCUGACUGUUCACUUGCCUAAAAUAUAAUGGCACCCUUCACAGUUGCCAUUCAAAGAUCAAUGUUAUUAAUGCCACCUGUUGGUGGUUUUAAUGUUAUGGCUGAUCAGUGUAGUGUUACAUAGUUCUGUGUGCCCUCCAAAGCUACAUCGUCAUGUUUCACUCAAUACUAUUUUUUAAAUAAUUAUCAUAAACUUUUACACAAGUUUUUUUUUUUUCGUCAAAUACUGGCAAACUGUAAUGUCUUCUGUGUUCUAUGCAGUUCUGUAUAAUAUUACUUAAGAUUUUUUCAGUACAUUUCCCUAUCGAACCUAAAGUGUUUUAUCGUCGUAUUGUAUUAUAUAUAUAUAAACUAAAUUCUAAACUCCUCCUGCUCCCUGCUACCUCCCCGCCUUAAAGGCAAUCGCCCUUCCCAGAGUAUCCCCUUGCAAAACAGUGUGUUGGGAGUCCAUUUAGAAGCGCUAGAUUUUUGUGGUGGACGCACACCAGAUUGCAAGCGUGUGGUGGACGAUCAGUGGUGCUGGCUUCUAAGGUUUUGUUUUAUAUGAGCAAAAUAAAUGAUGCAGCUGCCGUGGAAGACUGGUGUGAGAGUUGUGGUGGCUAACAUUUUGUAUUUCCAGUUUUCUUAAAUUUCAAAGAAAGUAUUCUGGAGAUGUCUGAGUUCAACCACCUCAAUAAGAGUCGAUCAAGCGGCCGUGGUCCUGAAUAUGUAUGGGAAUAUGAAUAUUAUGAUGACGAAGAGCCGGUGUCUUUUGAAGGGCUUAAAGCGCACAGAUAUUCUGUUGUGAUAGGCUUCUGGGUUGGCCUGGCAGUGUUUGUCAUCUUUAUGUUCUUCGUUUUAACCCUACUGACGAAGACAGGAGCACCACAUCAAGAGAACCUGGAGGCUUGUGACAAACAUCCUGGUCUUACCAGCUGCGUGGUGGACAUAAGCCAUGACCAGGGCUCCGGCAGCAAGGUGUGCUCUCGCUCCCUGAUGGAGGAGUCCCACUCCAUCUUCCGCUGCUACAUCAAUGAGGAGGAGCAGUGUGAGCCUGUGGCUGGUCACCAGGGAUACCAAGGCGGACUUAGUGGCAGGACCUCCUCAGAUGUUCAGGGGGAGCCCGUGGGCAUCAGGAAGGACAGAGAAAUUAACUUUCUGCAACACUUCAACAUCCCAAACUUCGUUAACUCUGAACACAGCUCUGUGUUGGGUGAUGAUGACCUGCUGCUUUGUGAGCCGCCGAUUAUUAUGGACAGUGAGACCAGGUGCAACAGUAAACUUGACAUCAUCAGCUGAAAUCUGUGGCCUGACAUAUCGAUGUUGCUAGAUGAGCUUCAUUUGUAUUCUGAAAAUCACACUGGUCCAGCAUACAGUAAAAAUCAGUACGUAAAAAGCAUUGUACAUGAGUAAUGGUACAUACAACAAUGGUAUAUACAGUGACUAGCAUGUAAUUUCAGCUACCCGUUUUGUCAUUUGAUUUGAUAUUGCAAUUUUGACCUCAUAAAAUAUGUAGUAAUUAGUAUUUUUCUAAACUACUUUCUUAAAAAUAACAUAAAAUUAGUCCAUUUUGCAGCAUUGUUAUUAAACUGCAGCAAAAUAAAUUUAAUGCACCAAACUA